AUGAGGCGAUCACUGCUCAGCCAGCUUCUUGUCGUUGCGGCCCUGGCCGUGUGGUGCGGCCUUAGUUUCGUCGGGCCGACUGCAGGGAGCGCCGCGCCUCGGCGGUCUGCAACGGCACUGGCUGCGGAGGCAAAGAAAGCACCAAAGAAGAAGGCCAAGGGACCGUGGGUGGGCCCCAAGAAGGGUUCUUGGGUAAAGAUCCUGCGGCCGGAGUCCUAUUGGUUCCAGCAGCGGGGGCAGGUCGUGAACGUGAACCAGAAGCCUGAGGUCAAGUACCCCGUGACUGUGAAGUUCGACUCUGUCAACUAUGCCAACGUGAACACCAACGGCUAUGCACUCUGGGAGGUGAUCGAGGCCCCUGCUCCGGGACCUGGUGAGGUCUGA